GAAAGUGGAAGGAGAGUGCAGAACUAUCACCAGCAGAAGCAACAGUAUCCCACAGCCACCUUGCAGCUACAGUCAUGACUUCCAGGGAGCUCUACACUUCAUCCUACAAGAAGAUCUUUGGGGACUCCCCUAGGUCCUCCAGCCACCUGUAUACAUCUAGCGGUGGUGGCAGCAGCAGCAGAUCCUACAGACCCAGGGAAGCCUAUACCAGCAGCAUCUCCUCCUACAGGAAGGUCAGUCGCUCGCCAGGACACCUGAGCUCAGCCCAGGACCACUUUGACCUGUCCCAGUCCACUGCCCUGAGCAAUGAGCUGAAGAUUGUCAGGACCAACGAGAAGGAGCAGCUGCAGGGUCUCAAUGACCGCUUUGUCACCUACAUCGAGAAGGUCCAUCAGCUGGAGCAGCAGAACAAGUUGCUGGAGACAGAGGUGACCUUGCUGAGGCAGAAGCACUCUGAGCCCUCCCGGCUCAGCCAGAUCUAUGAGCAGGAGAUCCGGGAGCUGAGGUCCAAGCUGGAGGAGCAAGAGCAGGACAAGGACCAAGCGCAGUUGGACUACGAGCACCUGGGGGCAUAUCUGGAGCAGCUCAAGCUCAAACUGGAGCAGGAGGCCACCAAGAGGGAGGAGGCAGAGGAUACUAUGAAGAACUUCAGGAAGGACUUGGACCAAACCACCGUCAACCGCUUUCAACUGGAGAAGAAGGUAGAGUCGCUGCUGGACGAGAUCGCUUUCCUGAGGAAGGUCCAUGAGGAGGAGAUUGCUGAGCUUCAGGCGUCCGUGCAGGAGGCGCAGAUCUCUGUGGAGAUGGAUGUGGUUAGUAAGCCCGAUCUGACGGCCGCACUGAAGGAAAUCCGCAUGCAGUACGAGGUUCUGUCCUCCCGCAAUCAGCAGUCGUCCGAGGAAUGGUACCAGGCCAAGAUUGCCAACGUAGCCCUGGAAGCUUCCCGGAACAACGACUCUGUCCGCCAGGCCAAAGAGGAGAUCACAGAGUACCGCCGGCAGCUCCAGGCACGGACACUGGAGAUUGAUGCUUUGCGCGGUACCAAUGAGUCCCUAGAGAGGCAGCUGCAGGAAGCCGAAGAUAGGAAUAAUGAAGAAAUUUCUCAACUGCAGGAUACAAUCGGCCAGCUUGACAAUGCUUUGAGGAGCACAAAGGAAGAGAUGGCGCGACAUCUGAGGGAGUACCAGGAUCUCCUUAAUGUCAAGAUGGCUUUGGAUAUUGAAAUUGCUGCUUACAGGAAACUCCUAGAAGGGGAGGAGACACGUCUAACGUCAGUGGGCGGAGGCAGCAUGUUUGGCAUUGGCUACCCAUUCUCCUCGGGGUCAUACUCCGGUGGAAGAAGCUCCACCACAAGCACCAUCAGUAUCAGGAGAGAGGAGAAGAAAGAAUCAUCAGAGGGCGGGAAAGGAGGAAGUUCUAAAUCAAAAUCAGGGGAAACAAUUCAGGAAAAGACCCCUCAAAAAUCUGCAGCAAACUAAACGUGCAAAGCCCCAGACGUUCCAUUGGAAGAGAUUUAAAUAAAUGAUACAAACCUGCUUUACUGACACUGAAUUAAACCUUAACCAUAACACAUUUUUGCUGUAUGAAUUCUAACAUGUCCAGCUGUUGUACACGGUUCUACAGGGGGUCUUAGGGGGACCCUACGAUAUAACUAGACAAGCAGAAUAGGGCAAAUAUAUCUGACAUUAAAUGCUUUCCCUAGUAACACGCAGCAUAUCACAAAGCUCUCAUCCAUUCCAACAAGAUCAAUAUGUCAUUACCGUCCAUAUAUUAUUGUUACAUGUAGAUCAGUUAUUUGUCACUACAACAAAGCUUUGUGAUCAGCCAAAUAAAUACAUCUCAAGCUUU